CAGCAAUAAACUGACAAAAACCAGACUCGUCACCUCCUCACUCUCUCCGCUCAACUCACUUUCUCCAUUCUAUCACUAUAAAGCUCUUCAACUUCACUUCAAAAGUAUAUAAAAGACUUUUCCUCUGUAGAUUAAUAGACGGCUUCUCUGCCAGUCCAAUGCAGAUUCCUUUAUUCGAAUCUUUCUCUCCUAUCCCUUAUUUUUAACGCCUGUUAACUUCUUUUCCGAAUUCCAGAAAGAAAGUGGUUUUGGAAAAGUGCUUUUUCUUUUGGCGUCUUCUCUUUUGGAGAGUUGAAGUGAAGACGACUACAUUUCGCGUGGAAGCUGCGGGUUUCCCCUUUUUGAUGGCUCUCCAAGCGAGCGGUUUUGGUUUCAGUGGUUUGGCUUUGUGCUCCGCGUCUCGGGACUCGCUGAGUUAUAAGACGAGAGUGAGAGUCAAGGCUUCGGGUUUCUCUUCUCCUCUGCUUGUUUGCGUUCCUCGAUUCAACGUCAAAGGAAAAGCACUUUCAGGUGAUGCAGUUCCUGGAACAAAUGAAUCCUCCCUUGUGGUCUGUUUUGGAGAGAUGCUGAUUGAUUUUGUACCUACUACAAGUGGAGUUUCUUUGGCUGAGGCACCUGCAUUUAAGAAGGCUCCAGGAGGUGCACCUGCUAAUGUUGCCGUCGGCAUUGCUCGUCUUGGUGGCUCAUCAGCUUUUAUUGGAAAGGUUGGUGAAGAUGAAUUUGGAUACAUGCUUGCUGAUAUACUGAAGGAGAAUAAUGUGAAUAAUGAAGGGAUGCGUUUUGAUCCUGGCGCACGGACUGCUUUAGCAUUUGUUACACUAAGGAGUGAUGGUGAGCGUGAGUUCAUGUUCUAUCGUAAUCCCAGUGCCGAUAUGCUGCUACAAGAAGCUGAACUUGAUUUUAAUUUAAUUAAAAAGGCCAAAAUCUUCCAUUAUGGUUCUAUAAGUCUUAUAACCGAACCAUGCAGGUCAGCGCACAUUGCUGCAGCUAAAGCUGCAAAGGAUGCUGGCGUGGUUCUUUCAUAUGAUCCUAACCUGAGGCUUCCGUUGUGGCCUUCUCUUGAUAGUGCAAGGGAAGGGAUUUUGAGCAUUUGGGAGACAGCUGACAUUAUCAAGGUAAGCGAAGAAGAGAUUUCUUUUCUAACAAAAGGAGAAGAUCCAUACGAUGAUGCUGUUGUCCGUAAAUUAUUCCAUCCAAAUCUUAAAUUGCUUCUAGUCACUGAGGGCCCAAAUGGUUGUAGGUAUUACACCAAGGAGUUUAGCGGGAGAGUUAAGGGAUUCGAAGUAAAUGCUGUGGACACGACUGGUGCUGGUGAUGCUUUUGUUGCUGGAAUGUUAUCACAACUAGCUGUUGAUCUCUCCUUGCUUCAGGACGAGGAUCGACUGAGAAAAGCUCUUAAGUUCGCCAAUGGUUGUGGUGCAUUGACUGGGAUGGAGAGGGGUGCAAUCCCAGCUUUGCCGACAAAAGAAGCUGUGUUGAAUGUCAUUCUAAAGUCUGGAGCAUAACUCUUCCUUCACAAUCUUAUUAUUAGGCACCACUCCGAAUUUGAAGGCCAACCUUAUUUGUCUCUUUAAAAUCCAUAGCUCUUAAACCUCUUCAUCUCCCAAUUCCAAAUUCAAUAACAACCAAACUACUCUCCCCUUUUUUUUUCCCUUUGAAUAUUUACA